AUGUCUUUGCUGAGCCAGUUACCUGCACCCAGUCAACGAAUCGUAGAUGCGCAGACGUCUUUGAUAGCAAAUUCGUCUCCGGCUAUCGUUCUGAAGUCGAAAAUUCCCCCGUAUGGCUAUCGCAAAAAUUGGUGUCCACGAAAUGAAGAUGAUUUUGGCGAUGGAGGUGCGUAUCCGGAAAUACAUAUGCCGCAGUACCCUCUCGGAAUGGGUCGGCAAAAAAACGCCUCAAAUGCUCUUGUAAUGAAGACAGACAAGGAUGGCAAAGUACGAUAUGAUGAACUUGUUCGUGGGGGUCACGCUAAAGACCGGAUUGUGUAUUCUAAAUUUUCUGAUCUACUCCCGAAACCCAUCGAUGAAGAUGAUGAGGAGUUUCAGAAACCCGCAAAAGAGGUCGUUGAGGAGACAACGGAGAAAACCCGUAAGGCCCUUGAAGCACUAAUUGAACAGAAAGUUGCGGCGUCCUUACCUGUUCGAAAAGCUGAGCGGACAGGACCCGCUGAAUAUAUUAGUUACACACCUGCUCAGCAGGGACCAGCCUACAAUAGUGGAGCUCAGCAGCGUUUGGUUCGAAUGGUUGAGGCACAGCGUGACCCAAUGGAACCUCCUCGGUUCAAAAUUAAUCAAAAGAUUCCUCGGGGUCCACCAUCUCCCCCUCCGCCUUUGAUGCAUUCACCUUCUCGUAAAGUUACCGCAAAAGAACAAGCUGAAUGGAAGAUUCCACCUUGUAUAUCUAAUUGGAAAAACCCCCGAGGCUACACAAUACCCCUUGACAAACGCGUUGCUGCUGAUGGACGUGGUCUGCAAAGUGUUCACAUUAGCGAAAAUUUUGCGAAGCUUGCUGAAGCGCUCUAUACUGCUGAUCGCAAAGCCAGGGAAGCAGUUGAGUUGCGCGCGCAGAUCGAGCGGAAGGUUGCUUCAAAGGUGCGCGAACGAAAGGAAGAACAGCUUCAAAAAAUUGCAAUGGAGGCGCGCGCUGCUCGAGCUGGUCUUCGACGUGCUGGAGACGUGGAUGAUGAAUCAGGAAUCACAAGCAGAGAUCAACUCCGUCGUGAGCGCGCACGCGAUCGCGCCCACGAACGUAACCUUGGUAGAACUGGAGCCGAAGGCAAAGUACGAGGUCAACGCGACAAAGAUCGCGAUAUCAGCGAGCAAAUCGCUCUUGGGGUGCCAAACCCACGCGCGAAUACCAACUCAGAAUCCAUGUUCGACCAGCGUCUCUUUAAUCAGUCGCGUGGAAUGGACUCCGGAUUUGCAGGAGGUGAGGACGAUCUUUACAAUAUAUACGACAAGCCUUGGCGCCAGGAAUCCAAUUUUGGUUCCCGCAUAUACCGACCACGCCAGACAGAUACGGACACCUAUGGCGGCGACCUAGAAGCCUUGGGCAAGCAGAGACAAUUCGUUCCUGAGCGUGGGUUUGCCGGAGCAGACAGGAGCCACCGUCUCGAUGGUCCUGUUCAAUUUGAACGGGGCGGAGACGAUCCCUUUAACGUCAGCACCUUUCUACUUGAGGCCAAAAAGGCAGACAAAAGGCCGGGCGAUUCCGCUACGAUCUCCAACCGGGACACCACCUACCGAAAACGUGAGCGCCGCGACUAA